CAGGCUGAGGCAGUUAUCGUCCCCCGCCGUAUCCUCAUCCGCCAUUGAAGGCUUUCUUCAAGCUGCCCAAACCCUCUACACAAAAACUCUCUCUCUCUCUCUCUCUCUCUCUCUCUCUCUCUCUCUCUCUCGUGGUGGUUAGACUUCUCUUGUCAUCAACAUUAUGGUCAGCUGGGUUUUGUUCGAUUCUUAGAAUUUUAAUUUGAGCUGGAAAGUUUCUUCCUUUCUGCUUGGAAAAUUCGAAUCAAGGUAUAGAAGCCAUGGAGGUUUGUGGGGUUUAUGACGAUUCUUACGUGGCGACGAAUCUGCCUUGCUCUUCCCAAGUGCUUGAUUCUCUCUGGGUUCCAACUGACAGCUCCCCGUCUUUUCAAGGGUCGACAUCCAUGGUUAACUUUGAGGUGGAAAACAGCAAUCCAGAAACGGCAGAGCUCGCCGCCGACGAAUUCCAGCAGCCGCCGGAGAAGAAGAGGCGUUUGACGCCGAAUCAGGUGAAGUUUCUAGAGAAGAGCUUUGAAAGUGACAGCAAGCUGGAGCCGGACAGGAAAGUCCAGCUGGCCAAAGAGCUCGGUCUGCAGCCUCGACAGGUUGCCAUUUGGUUCCAAAAUCGACGAGCUAGGUACAAGACGAAGCUCCUCGAGAAAGAGUAUGGCUCCUUGAAAGCCAGUUAUGAUAAGCUCAGGGCAGAUUACGACGCACUUUCCGCAGAGAAUGAGAACCUCAAAAACGAGGUCCAAUUACUGACUCAGAAGCUGCUUGUUAAAAACAAGGGAGAAGUGCGAUCAUCGCCAGAUCAGGACCGGGAUCCGAUUAGUCCACUGGAUUUGCAGCCAAUGAAGGAGGAGCAGCUGCUUCAGCUGUGUCCGGGCAGUGGACUACUGAAGCAGGAAUUCGAUGCGGCGAGCUCUUCCAAGAGCGAUGUGUUUGAUUCCGACAUUCAACAGUUGGAGCCGACUUCGGAUUCAUCUCGAGUUGAGAUGAAUUCAGAUUUCGAUAAUGAGGACGACGACAGCGGCUGCUGCUUCUUACAGCAGCCGAUUAAACUUGAAUUUGAGUGUCUGCAGCCGAAUCCCUGCGGCUUGGGGUUCCCUGUUCAGGAUCAUGGCACAUGGUUCUGGCAAUACUGAUCUUGCGAUUAAAAAAUAAAAAAAGAUGUUAAAAGGGCGGGGUAAUAAUUUGUCGGAUGUUUCUGUUGUUGUCCCUUUUUGUAAUAAGUAAGAUACAACGUGCAUUAUCAAUAUUGUUACAUAAUUAAGUAGUAUUAAUAUCUGUUGUUUAAUUGCUGCAUUAGUAAUAUUAUUCUUAAUUAUAUA